AUGGCUUCGCUGCUUCUUGUCGUCCUAGCGAUCCAUAUCGUUACAUAUCUAAUCAACACGAUCGGCGCCAGUACAAUAGACAGUCUACUAUGGCUGAUAUAUCUUAAACUACCCAACCAAACCUCCCAGACUGCAAAAGAGCAGAUGCGACUAAAGACGGAAGUUGUUCAGCUAAAACGAGAGAUGCAUGCUACGAGUUCGCAGGAUGAAUUCGCAAAAUGGGCGAAGUUGCGAAGACGACACGAUAAAUCUAUGGAAGAAUAUGAGACGAAAAGUAUGAUCAUUCCAAGUCCUAGUGCUUUACUAGAAGUGGUGGUCAGGAUAUUGAUUAUUUCAUUGGAAAUCAUAGACAAAGCUCUCGCCCAACAGAAGAGUUCUUUCGACAUGGCAGUAAAAUCCGUUAGGUUCGUCGGUACUACAGGUUUGAAGUUUUUCCUCCAGUUCUGGUAUUCGAAAUCGCCCAUUUUUGAACUUCCUCACGGAUGGAUCCCAUGGCAAGUUGAAUGGAUGCUGUCAUUUCCACGAGCUCCACUGGGCACCGUUAGCAUCCAGGUUUGGAGUGGUGUAUGCGCGACCGUUGUCUCUCUCGUUGGUGAUGCCGUUGGUGUUAUGGUGGUAUAUAUCACUGCCAAAUCACCCAAUAAAACAACGGGAGCGCCUAGGAGAGAGAAAGUUGCGCAGCCCAUGGAGGCUAGAAAGGAAUUAUGA